CGCACUAGCUACAGCACACUACUGUUCACCAGUAGUGACAGCGGCCGGUCGUCCGUCGUUGGUGUUUUACAUUUUUAUUUUCCCUCUCAAAAUUAUAAUUUUUCCAAUAUAUUUGUAUGGCUCCGCAUGGCCGUUGAACGGGACCGCCGGAAACGAUCGAAAUCACACAUUAUAAUAAUAUCAUCAAACACGCGAAAAACGAGUUCUGGCCGCGAACGGAAAUAUAAUUAGUAUUUGCGUGAUCGAUAAUUUUUUUGUUCUGUUCUCGACACGUUUCGCGUGCGACAAGUCGCCGGGCGAUUUUACUUGACGACGGACACAGCUCGAUAAUAUGACGUCUACUUACCGCGUCCGAACGUGACCUAGGUCGUCGCAUUAACUGGCAAUAUUGUAUUAUACCUAACACUUUAUAAGUACACACACACCCCGCCCGACUGUCGAUUUUCUUGCUCGACAUAAGCUCGCAGUCGCACUUGGUCAGUGCAUCGGAAUAAUAAUAUUAUUAUCAUUAUCCAUACGCAUUCGGAGAAGCUAUGGCGACCGACGUCAAAUACAGGACCGAUGACGCGUCCAACAACAACGUGAUCGGAAAAAAAGGUCAAUUGUUCCCGAAAAAAGCUGAAGUCGACUUGUCUUUCGAAAAUCUCACCUAUACCGUAAAUACGUUCAGCAAAUUCAAAAAAGUGAAAAAAGAGAUUUUGCACGGCAUCAACGGCAGUUUCCAGUCUGGACAACUAACAGCCAUCAUGGGGCCGUCGGGCUGCGGCAAGAGCACAUUACUUAACGUUCUCGCCGGAUACUCGAUAAGCGGAAGUUCAGGCCAAGUGUAUUUGAACGACUCGUUGCGAGAUGAAAAACAAAUGGCGAACAUCAGCUGUUACAUACAGCAGGACGAUUACGUUCGCGACCUGUUGACCGUCAGGGAAUCAAUGACGGUGGCGGCCCACCUCAAGUUACCAACAACUGUGUCGGCGAUAUCAAAGGCCAGCCAAGUGGAGGACUUGCUGGACGCGUUGGGGCUGUCUAUCCAUGGAGACACCGUUACUAAAAGGCUCUCCGGAGGUCAGAAAAAGAGACUGUCAAUCGCCUUAGAACUUAUAACCAACCCGUCGAUAUUAUUCCUAGACGAGCCCACCACUGGUUUAGAUAGCCAAUCUUGCAGCCAGUUCGUAUCACUGAUGGCUGACCUAGCCCACAACCAAAGCCGUACCAUGGUGUGCACACUGCACCAGCCCAGUGCUUUACUGUUUGAAAAGUUUGACCAAAUUUAUGCGUUGAGCUCUGGCCAGUGCAUCUACCAAGGACCUCCCAACUUUGUUAUUCCUUACUUUGCCGAACGAACCAUCGUAUGUCCACCAUACCACAACCCUGCAGACUUCUUAAUCGAAGUGGCAAUAGGUGAGUAUGGUACUGAUGUACUGGUUAAACUGGCUGAUACAACAAAAAUCACAUACAUUAAGGACCACAAUAACUGUCAUUUAAUUUCCGAGGAUCAAGAAUUACAACUAGAAAAUGGCACAUGCUUGAAAAACAAUAAUAUUGCUGACAAGAGACAAACAUUCAAAUCCAAGAUUUUAAACAAACCUCCGUAUUAUUUACAAGCCUAUCAUUUGUAUUUGCGAAAUGUAAUCAUGUACAAACGUAACAAAGCAAACCUUAUGUUGCGGGUUCUCGCACAUUUCGUCAUUGCCCUUAUUUUUGGAUACCUUUACCGUGGUGUGGGCAACGAUGCGUCGGUGGUGAUCAGCAACAUGGUGUUUGUGUAUGGUACUAAUUUGUUUUUGGUUUACACCGGUCAGAUGGCCGUUAUCGUGUCUUUUCCAUUAGAGUACAAGGUCUUGAAGCGGGAACACUUUAACAGUUGGUUCACACUUUUUCCGUACAUGAUAUCUAUACUACUGGUUGAAAUACCGUUUCAGAUACUGUGUUGCCUCGUCUACAUUGUGCCGUCGUAUAUCAUGACCAGCCAACCACUGGAAUUGAUGCGAUUCAGUUACUUCACUAUAUUUCUGGUAGUAACUUCCCUAACGUCACAGAGUACCGGAUUCUUGUGCGGUGCUACUAUGCCAGUCAAAGUAUCUGUAUUCGUAGGACCGGUGUUCGUGGUGCUCCUGUCCGUGUUCGGUUUCGCGAUACGAUUUACGGACAUACCCGCUAUUUAUGUGUGGCUUCACUAUUUCAGUUUCGUACGAGGAUCAUUCCAGAGCCUGGUGUACACGCUGUACGGUUUCGGCAGAGGCGUUUUGCCGUGCUCCGACGAGAUGUACUGUCACUACAAGAACCCGAUGAAGUUUCUCACCGAAAUGGAGUUCGCCCAGGUGAACAUCUAUCCCGAAUUUUUCUACAUAUGCUUCUUUUUCCUGUGCACUUACGUGCUGACCACAACGGUAAUAUGGUACAGGCUGAACAAGCGGUAGAUAUCUAUCUGACCCGAGAUCAACGAUAGGAUCGAUGAGCCUUAUUAUUAAGUCGCUGAUAAUAUUAUAAUUAUAUGCCUGCCUAUGUGUACCUAUAUUAUUAUUUAAAAUCACGUGGCGAUA